CGAGCAAUCAAACGUUCAAGCCUCUAUUCAUCUUUGCAUGAUGACAGACCCAGCGAACAACUCUCUUCUCAAUAACCAGCGCGUGCGGGUACUUUUCUUUGUACAGAAAAAGGACGAUGUGCCUUUUGAAGAAUGGAGUCGUUAUUGGAGAGAUGUACACUCGAAAAUUUUCAUGGACCUGGAGAUCACGAAGAAGAAUAUUUUGAAAUAUGAACAGCUUUACGUGAAUCAAGUAUGGAAAGAGAGACUCUCCGAGUCUCAGAAUUCGGGAAGGUCUCGAGUACCCGAUUAUGAUGGUGUGGUACUGUUCGAAGGGGAGUCUUUGGAGAAGGUCGCAGAGGUUAUCCAGCACCCCGAAUACAUAGAGAAAGUCCUCGGUGAUGCGUUAUCGCAUCUUUUCAAAGCUGAGACCAUUGUUCACGGAGCAUUCGAUAUCGCUACUAUCGUGCAUAAGUCUCCGAGCAGCACCGGUGGUGAUGCCAAACUCCCGGAAGUGCCAGGUUAUGGGAGCAUUGUUCGACAGGAUGUCGGAACGUUGCUUAUUCCUCUCCGCAAGAAGGAUGGACUCAGUCAAGCGGAGUUCAGUCAUUAUUGGUUGAACGUCCAUGCUCCGUUGGUCAAACCUUCACUGGUUGCUACCCCGCAGCUUACGAAGCACGAGCAGCUUCACGUUCAUCAGGGAUCGGGACUCACACCUGGGAAUACUUCAGGCUGGGACGGAAUCGGCGUGAUUGAAGGAGAGUCGAUUGCGAAAUUAGCUUUGGAGCUCUCUGAUAGGUUCGACAAGAGUAUCACGGACAACUGUGACAACUUCCUUGAUAACAAACAAUUUGAAGUCCUUCCUUGCGACGUGAUAACGUUCAUUGAUCGAUGAGAUAAAAAAUGGGAACUUGGGGAUUCAAACGUUCAAGGAUGGGCCAGGCGUCGUGGGACUAGUGUGGUAGCCAAGAGCUAAAGACGAAUUUCAUAUCAACGUGCAUACUUACGAGCAUGUAUUCAGUGGCGCAACAAUAUCCGCGUCGUAGUUGAACAUGCGUGCGACCGCAAGCCAGUUGAAAGGUUUCACACCAGCAGGCGAU